AUGGCAAACACAGUUGUAGAGCUCGUGUUCAUCCCUGCACCAGCGGUUGGUCAUAUAAUGUCCACCGUCGAGAUGGCGAAAGUACUUGUGAACCAUGACCAAAGGCUCUCAAUAACCGUUCUUCUCAUGAGCUCUCCUUACCCCGUCCCCACUCUCACCACCUACACCGAAUCGCUGUUUCAAAACACUAUUGAACGCAUACGAUUCAUUGAACUUCCUCAGGAUCAAACAAAACUCGACACCAAAGCUCGUGUGAAUUCCUUCAUUGAUUUCAUCAACAGUCAUUGCAAACACGUCAGAAAUAUCGUGGCUGAUAUGAUAAAUCAAACUGGUUCCGGUAGAGUCGUUGGGUUUGUUGUUGACAUAACAUGUGGAGGUAUGAUAGAUGUGGCUAAUGAAUUCGAUCUUCCGACAUAUGUAUUCUUCACGUCUACUGCUGCCUAUCUUGGAUUUAACUUGUAUAUCGAGACAACAUGUGUGAAUCAGAACCAAGAUGUUAUUGAGCUGAUUAACUCGGAAGGUGAGAUAGUUCUUCCGUCUUUUGUUAAUCCGGUGCCAACGAAGGUUGUUCGUGCGGUGUCCCAGAUAGACGAGGGGUUGGACUUUCUGAUCUAUUCUUUCCGGCAAUUGAGAAAGGCUAAAGGGAUCAUGAUUAAUACGUUCUUAGAGUUGGAAACACACGCAAUGAAGUCGUUUCCUGACACCAACUUCCCGCAUGUGUAUCCCGUGGGACCCGUACUCAAUCUAGACGGUGUAGCUGGAAAAGCCGAAGACAUGGAUGUAAUUAGAUGGUUGGACGAUCAACCUCCAUCGUCGGUGGUGGUGUUGUGUUUUGGGAGCAUGGGAAGUUUUAAUGAGGUCCAAGUGAAAGAGAUAGCACGUGGUUUAGAACAAAGUGGUCGUCGAUUUGUGUGGUCGCUACGCCGGCCUCCUCAUCUAGAACAAUCAUCGGAAGGGAACGCUGAUAAUUAUGAUGGGGUACUACCAGAUGGGUUCAUGGAGCGCACCUUGGGAACAGGGAAAGUGAUUGGAUGGGCCCCACAGGUGUCGUUGUUGGCCCAUAAAGCAGUGGGAGGGUUCGUUUCCCACUGCGGGUGGAACUCGAUACUAGAGAGCUUGUGGUUCGGUGUGCCAACUGCUACGUGGCCAAUGUAUGCUGAGCAGCAAAUGAAUGCGUUUGAAAUGGUGGUGGAGCUUGGAUUGGCAGUUGACUUGAAAAUGGAUUAUAAGAUUGACAUGUUUAAUCCCAGCGCCAAUAUAGUCAUUGUCACGGCAGAGGAGAUAGAGAGGGGAAUAAAGGGAGUAAUGGAGGAUGCCGAGGUUAGAGCAAAAGUGAAAGAGACGAGUAAACUGAGCAGGGAAACGGUGGCCAAGGGCGGUUCAUCAUAUGCUUCAGUUGACUACCUUGUUCAGGAAAUCAUGAGUAACGUCGCAUGAGUUCGAAUUUUGUAUGAGCUAUUAAUAGUUACAUUCUUAUAGGGUAUGAUAAAUGAACUAACCGUUGGUUAGUUUGUCAUUUUUAAAUAAUCGGUUUUCUUGUUUUGGGAGGUAACGCAUCCUGGUAGCGUGUCUGUUGUGGUGUUUCUGGGAUAGCAUACAAAGCCAAUAAUGUAAACAAACAUCAAAUCCUUUGAAAUCCUUCUUGAA